AUGUGUAAAUCAAAACUGGACACAAAUCUGGCUGAUUUGAAUGUUGCUAUGACAGAUGUGUAUGAUUCUCUUCGCGAAAAUUCAACAUCAAUGCGUGAAAAAAUUAGAAUUUUCAAUCAACUUCGAGUAGAUAUUUUCAACAUUUUGAAAAAGCCUGUGAGUUUCUUUUUUUUUAGUCAGUCGCAAUGCGGUUGGGUGUUAGAAAAUGAUGCGGAUGGAACGCAUAAAACUGUUUUAUUUCUCUUUUUUCACGUGAAAUCGCGGACUCAUUGUUUUGACCCAGUGAAGCCUUGUGACUCCACCCUCUUUCAUUUGCAAUUUACGGCGCAUUUUCAAAAUUUUAAUGGAAAAAAAGAUGAAAUUUGUUUGACACGUGGAAAUACGUGAACAAAAGACGGGCGAAUCUGCCACCGAACAUCAACAAAAAUUUUAUUUUCACAAAAAAUAUAUAUUUUUUUUCUAUGUGCUGGCGACAUGAGUAUAAUUUUUCUUUCAAAAAUGGGAUUCUAACCAAAUGAUCAUAGUAUAGUUGGACAACGACUCGACUUGAGUCGACUCGAGUCGACUUGGAGUCGAGUCGUUUGGAAAAUACCUUUCGACUCGACUAACGACUCGAGUCGUUUAGUCGAAAAGGUGAGUCGAUUAGAAAAUGACUCGAGUCGAGUCGAAUGGUUUUUUUCGACUCGACUCGACUCCGAUGGUCAAUUUUCUCAUGGUGGGUGGGGCUUUUGUAAUAUGGCUAAGGUGUUGGCUUAGAUGGUGAAUAUUGGAUGGUGAUUGGUGGACAUGGUGAUAGUGCACCAAUCACACCAAUUGCACCAAUAAUGGGAAAUCGGUGUGAUUUGUGCAGUUGGCGCAAUUUUAACCAUUGGUGGAAUUUGUUGAAUUGGUGGAUGGUGGAAUUGGCGAAUGGUGCAAUUCACCAAUUGGUGUGAUUGGUGCAAUUUCACCAAUUGGUGUAGUUGGUGCAAUUUCACCAAUUGGUGUAGUUGGUACAAUUUCACCAAUUGGUGUAGUUGGUGCAAUUUCACCAAUUUGUGUAGUUGGUGCAAUUUCACCAAUUGGUGUAGUUGGUGCAAUUUCACCAAUUGGUGUAGUUGGUGCAAUUUCACCAAUUGGUGUAGUUGGUACAAUUUCACCAAUUGGUGCAAUUGGUGCACCAAUGACCAAAUAUACCAAUCACACCAAUUGGCGAAUUGCACCAUUCGCCAAUUCCACCAUCCACCAAUUCCACCAUCCACCAAUUCAACAAAUUCCACCAAUGGUUAAAAUUGCGCCAACUGCACCAAUCACACCAAUUUCCAAUUAUUGGUGCAAUAGGUGUGAUUGGUGCACUAUCACCAUGUCCACCAAUCACCAUCCAAUAUUCACCAUCUAAGCCAACACCUUAGCCAUAUUACAAAAGCCCCACCCACCAUGAGAAAAUUGACCAUCGGAGUCGAGUCGAGUCGAAAAAAACCAUUCGACUCGACUCGAGUCAUUUUCUAAUCGACUCACCUUUUCGACUAAACGACUCGAGUCGUUAGUCGAGUCGAAAACAGCUGUCUUAUCGACUCCGAGUCGACUUGAGUCGACUUGAGUCGUUGUCCAACUAUAGAUCAUAGUUAUUUUUUUUAGUGCGAAGAUUCUGGAUUGAAAUUAAUGAGAAUCGUGCCAUUUGGAAGUGUUGCAUCGAAAAUGUCAACAAAUAGAAGUGAUUUGGAUAUAGUUCUUUGCAUUGAAAAAAUUGAUGAUAAACAACGUUAUGUUGAGAAUAAUGUGAUUUUGGGAUAUUUGAAAAAAGAGCUUGGAAUACUCGAAGGCUAUAAAGAUUUGCAGCAUAUUGAAAAUGCGCGUGUUCCAAUUAUCAAAGGAUCAAAGGAUAAAAUUGACUUGGACAUUUCAAUUCAUUAUGGAAAGUUAGUGCCAACAGGUUAUAUUUCGGCAAGAUUCAUUACUUGUGUCACACAAUUCUAUCCAAAUUUUGCAAUGCUUAUGAUUUUUAUAAAAGGGAUUUUCAAGAAAAAUCGAUUUGGAAAUGAUAAAUCAUAUUUUCCAAAUUCAUAUUCACUUGCAUUGAUGAUAACGCACUUUCUCGUCGAAAAUCGAUUUCUUCCAAACUUGCAUCAACGAUAUCCAGAACGUUUUGAUCCGGAAAACGCUACUUGGGAUUUCAAAAUGAUUCCGGACAAUGAUAUUAGGGAGUAUGAACGAGAUGAGACUCCCGCCAAAGUUCUUUUCAAUUUUUUGAAGUAUUACAUCGACAAGCCGAUUUGCUCGUUCUAUAUUGAUAUGAAAAACAAUGAAAUAAGGGAAAGAGCGAAGUCUUGGGGACUUUUAAUUCAAGAUCCGUUGGAUAAUAAUAAUCCGGGAAGAAGUGUUGAUGAUAAUAGACCAUUUAUUGAAUGUUUGAAGUGAGCUAAAAUUUCAAUUAGUCUUCUAAAUAUUUUAUUUGUUUCAGGAAAACUUACGAUUUGAUCAAAACUUCGGAGCCUGGCGAGAUGUUUAAUUUGGUUGACACAAACAUAUGA